AUGGACGUCCCACUGGACGGGACAAACCUGGACCUGGGCACCCCUGGAGCAUCGUCCCCCAUGCUGGACCCCGAGGGUGACCACUCGGCCCGGCCCCCUGACUCAGCCCUCAUCUAUGGCAAUGUGGGGGCGGCGCGUGCCCACCUCGUCCCCACCAAGACCAGCCGGAGGGAGGGAGCCAGGGAGGGCUCGCAGGGCAGCAAGGAGCCCCUGCCUCCCCCGCUCCCAAAAAAGCAGCUCCAGAGAGCGGAGUCCUUGCCGGAACCAGCGCUGGCACGGGAGGACACCCCGCCGUGCACAGGCAGCGGCCGCUUCAUCAACCCGCCAUCCCAUCCGAGGUACCAGGUGGGAGCUGCCAGCUCCAGCACUCCACAGAAUAGACCCUGCUGGGGACACAAGAGGCCACUGACCAAGUCCCAGAGCCUGGGGACACCCGUGGCCUGGAAAGGCAGCUCGGUCCCGUGGGUCAGCCCAGCUGAGCUGACAUUCACGACUCCCGACGGGGAGCUUGGAGGCCUCCUGCAGGCCCUGGAGAGGAGGGCUGGGCUGUGCGAGGUGCUGGUGGGCGCCCAGCGCGCGUCCCUCGCCCGGCUCUCGGCCCGCGUCCAGGAGGACCUCCUGGGGAAGGAGGACCGGCAGCAGCUGCUGGCAGCGGAGCUGGCGGGCAAGAAAUGGGCAGAUCUCCGGAUCCUGGAGAAGGAGCCGUGCUGCGAAGCGGGUGACGCCUGGUACUUCCGAGUGGGCUUCGCCUCCGGGCAAACCCAGCUGGUGUUCGCAGCCAAGGUCCUCAAGUCCCGCUCCUGCAGCCUGGCUGUGCAGACCUCCCUUGGGGUGCACUGCAGCAUCCAGCAAGUGAUCAGCCACUUCACUGACUCCCUCCCUCAGGAGCUUGCCCUCCCAAGAAACACCAGGAAGCAUCGUCAGUCCCAGUCCAGAGAGGAGGACACAGCCUUCCUUGGUUCCCCUCGUGUACUGCAGGUUCUCAUUUCUCCUGAGAUUCCCUACCAGACCUUGGCAGACUUUGUGAAGGAAUCCCACAAAGUGCACAAGACCAGCCCUGGUCACUACGAACGCCUGGCUUGCCUCCUCCUUCUGCAGGUGUGCACAGGGCUGGAGCACCUCAAGAGGCACAACGCUGGUCGAGGAGACAUCUGCCCAGAGAACUUGCUGUUAGUGCAGUGCCCACGUCCUCCCCUGAGCCAGCAAAGCAAAGAGACAUCCCCAGGACUCUCCCUUCCCAGGCUACUCAUCAGCAACUUCUUCAAGGCUGAAGAAAAGAGAAGACCUUGUUCUACAACCCAAGAGCAAGACUGGACUGAAGGGCUUUCUGCACCAUCCUCCCCAGUAGCAGAUGAGCUGAACAUAGGCAUGCUGAUCUACAUGCUCUUACACGUGGACAUCUCCUUGGAAAACGCCUUGGGCUUCAGGUGUAAUAGGCUUCCUGAAAUCCCAUCCCUGUCUAUCUAUUCCACAGGGCUUAAGCAUUUGGCAAUGUUGCUUCUUCACAGAGAUCCCUGUAAGAGGGUGUCUGUUGAAGAGGCAAAGAGCAUCCUGCAGGUCCUGCUCUGGGGGCCUCGCCAGGAGCUCUUUGCCAGGAGCAAGAAGACACCUGACUUGCUCCAGAGCUGGGUGGAUGUCAAGAGGGCUCUGCUGCUGCUGAAGUUUGCAGAGAAGAUGGCUGGGGUUGGAGGGAGCCCUACCCUGGAGGAGUGGCUCUGCUGCCAGUACUUUAAAGAGGUCACUGAACACACACUCUACCAAGUGACACAGGCUCUCUACACUCCCUGAAACCUGGAGG